AUGAGACUUACGACAGUGGUCAGUUUCAUAGUAUUUAUCAUUUGAAGAUAUGUUCUUAAAUAGCAGGGUCAGAAAAUGAUCUAAGAACAUUUGUCAAUAUCAUUUCCCAGUCACAUGUCACAGACCACAGUAAGCUGCAUAAUAUCUUGUCCCAGCUCAAACAAAGACCCCCAUUCAAAACAAAGCAGGACAUGUGAACUCAUGCCGCCAAAUGGUGUAAGCCACAGGGGAGAAAACUGGAUAGAAAAGGUUUCUCUUCAUACAAGCAAGAACAAAAAAAAAAAAAUUCUGCAUUAUUCAUAAACUUGUAUGAAUUACACUCCAGUAAAAAUGGCUUCUCUCCAGAGCUACCAGAAUUAUAUUCACACACAUUGUUCAUCAUGAAGACACGAUGGAGUGAGGUGAAUCACACUUCAGCAAUAUGGUAAGUUUCCCAAAUGGAAUAUUUGAAUUUCAAAUUAUGAAAUGCAUUGUUUUAGUCAGGACCGAUGUUAUGUAGGAUAUUUAGCAUCCGAGUCACUUACCUGGGGUGUAUAAGAAUGUCUCCUGUUCAUAGCCAUGGUAAAAAACUAAACAAAACGGGUAGUUAUAGAAUCAGAAAAACUACUGAACUCCGGUGUCGUGGUUUCCCUUUCUCCAGAAAAAGGCAAACAUGUAAAGGAGGGGCCCGAGUGGCGCAUCACUAAGCUUCACCACCGCCACCGAGCUGAACCGGGAAAGGGAGGGCGAUGUAUUUGCCAUGUCAACAGUGGCACAGCUGCUUCCAGACGACAUGAAGUAGUUUUGGUCAGCGGCGGAUGUUGUGCGGUCGGCGCGUUGGCUCGUCAUGAUCCGGAGACCCUGGCCGAACUGACCAAUCAGGCUGGCAGCCGCACACACCGCAGAGCCACACCGGCCGCGCCUCCACAGCGUCUGGACGCAGCCGAAGCUGUCAAACUUGGAACUGCUGAGCGAAAGACGAUGUCCGACGGCGAGCUGGUCAAGAAAAUGCUGAGGGUCAUCCUCCAAGCCAACAAGGGUGGAAUGUCGCUGUCCCGUCUGCAGUCUGAGUACAAGGAGCUGACCGGUGAGCAGAUUCCACAUAAACAGAUGGGACACAACCAUCUGGACACCCUGCUGGCCAGCGUGCCCUCCGUCGUCCACGUGGAACGCAGCCGCUCUGGAGAGGUGGCGUAUUUUGCCUCUGUGGACAAAGACACGGCCCAUGUUGCCAAGGUGAUGGCCCGCCAGCGGGGCUCCAAGAAGCCUGGGCGACCCCACCUGGUGAACACCCAGAUGAGGGUCAAACCAACAGCCCAGCUUGUCCUUAAUGGCGCUCCUUUGGUGCCAUCGUUUGCAGUGCCUCCACGAGAGAGUGUGAUUCGGCAGAAUACUCUGAGGCGGCGGAGAGAGGAGUGUUGUAGGAGGACGAGACGGCACUUUGGGGAAAAAGAAACGCAACAGAAUGCUGCAAAACCUCAAACCUCCCUGAGGCAGCCGAACUACCGCGGACGCGGCGGGGCUAGGGGAGGCGCCGGCCGAGGCAGCGGACACGGGGACGUCAGACAGUCAAGGGACGUGAGGGAUGGACAGACAGAGGGCAGGACGGCCUCGCAACUCCUAAAGAGCACACCCGACAGGUCGGAAAAGAGGAUGACACUCCCAUCGCGCUUUCAGAAGGAGGUACAGGCUCACCUUUCCAGAAACUCCCAACAGACUAGUCCACCUUCGCAUUUAAAUGAGAAUUUGGACGGUGGAAAAGGCAAAGUCUACAACCCUCAGCAGGUCCAGAGCUGCAUCGAGGAUAUUCUGUCCCAGUACAGCAAUGGCUUUUGGGUGUCCAAACUGCCUCAGAUCUACAAAGACCUUUAUAACCAGGACCUGCCAACUGAGGCCAUCAGAGACCUGGAGACCUGGAAGCACAUAUGCACUGUCGAGAGAACAUGCAGCAGUAACCCAUCUGAGCUGCUUCUCUACCCCGCCAAGGUUCGGACCACCGCAUCUUCCCCACCGUCUUCCAGCUCCGCAUUAGACAAAUCCCUGCGGCCCCCCGUCCACCAGAGACCCCAACUGAAACGCUCCGGCUCUCGUCCUCCUCCGUCAACGUCCUCGCCGUCCCCCAGUCCUCCCUCUUCGCCGGCUUCCCUUAGCCCCGAGCUGAAGCUGAAGCUGGAGGAACUGCUGCUGAAGUAUUCCAGCGGCCUGUGGGCCCACGCGUUGCCCAAGCUUUUCCAGGACACCUAUAAAACUAAACUGCCCGCACACGUCCUCGACAACCUUCAGCUCCUCUCCGACAUCUGCACCGUCGACUACCCGAUGCCCGACAACCCUAAGAGGGCCAUCCUGUACAGGAGGAGCAGCAGCAGCAGCAGCAGCAGCAGCAGCAGCAGCGCUGGAGGAGGAGCGGAAGACGAGAAAUGUAACCGGAGAGCCUCGUCGGCCAGCGAGGAGGAGCAGAGAGUGAAGCGGGAGGCGGCCAAGAGACUCUGUGAUCACUCGGUACCUGCCCUGCACAUCCCCAAAGAAGAGUAUCCGUCUGUGCUGGUGGUGGAAGCCACAAACACCAAUGAAGUCGUUUUAAGGUAUAUAGGUGAGAGCUACUCGCAAGCUCAGGAGCGUAUGGAGGAUGAAAUGCGGGAAUUUUACUGCCUGGACAAGAACAAGGUAACUCCUUGCUCAUCUCCAUUCUCGGGUCAACUUGUGGCUGUCAAGGCUGAGGAGGAGGAGGAGGAGGAGGUGGAGGAGGUUCUGAGGGCUCAGAUCUGCGAGCUCGUGGCAGAUAAGGUUAAGGUGCACUUUGUGGAUCAUGGCUUCUCAGAAGUCGUUAGCAAAGCCAAACUUUUUGAGCUGCAUGAGAAAUUCUUAACACUACCUUUCCAAGCCACCAAGAGCCAACUAGCAGGCCUAGAGCCCUUCUCUCAGGAGCCCGCUGUGCUGAAGACCUUCGAGGCGAUGGCGAGUGGUCAGAUCCUUUUGGCCGAAAUCCUGCAGAGAGGCCAGACCCCUCUGAUGGUGUUGUACGACACGUCGCAGGAUGACGACGUCAACAUCAACGCCGCCUGCAUGAAAGCCCUGCAGGACAAGACUUUGAGCAGUCCCUUACAGGUUAACAGUGCUUACAUGAAUGUGAGCGUCACUAGUGUCUGCUCUGAUGGGACAGUCUACUGUCAGCUACCCUCCAGAGGUCUCGCCAAGCUCAGUGAGAUCCUGGAGAACGUCGAGACAUACUUCCACUCGCAGGCAACGUCAGAAUUCUUGGUGUCCAGACCAUUCUGCGGCAAAGGAUGCAUGGCUCGGUUCAAAGGCAAGUGGUCCCGCGUUGAGAUCACAAACCUACAUGGGAGCAGAGUGUUGGACAUCCUCUUCCUUGACGUGGGAAUCCAGGCUUCCGUGGAGGUGUUUGAGCUCAGGGAGAUCCCGCAGAAGUUCCUCCGUGACCUUAUGGCCAUCCCGCCACAGGCUGUCAAGUGUUGCCUGGCAGACCUGUCUGUCAGCGUCGGGUCGUGGACUCCAGAUGCUGUCCAGUGGCUUCGGGAGAAAGUUCUCAACACCACCGACUGCAGCAUGAAGGUGGCCAAAGUGGACAAAAGCAAACAGUGCGUCUACGUACACCUCUUCACUGACAAGAACUUCCACGAGCCAGCCUGUAGUCUCAACCAUCAGAUAGCCCGUUUGGACCUGUUCAAACAGCAACCUGAUGUCUAUCUGACCAGCCACAGUCCCAUCAAGAGCUCCACACUCGCCGCGCCCACCAAGACCUCUAGCGACAUCAGCAACGGCAGCCCAAAGUCCGCUCCGGUUGCAGCCAGGUCUCAUCUCAGAAGGGUCCCGUCCGGAGCCAAAGGGACCCUCGGGAGCCCACCUGGGGCGCGGUCAUUCCCCUCACCCUCUCUCCAGCUGCCACCCCUGCUGGAGCUGCCCCCUGCAGGAAACAACAUGGACGUGUACGUAUCGGUGGCGUGCCAUCCGGGCCACUUUGUGCUCCAGCCCUGGAGGGACAUGUACAAACUGGUCGUGCUGAUGGGGGAGAUGAUCCUCUUUUACAACCAAAUUGAUGAAACACUGCUGAAUGUGCAGAAUAAUCAGAUAUAUGCUGCUAAAGUGGAGUAUAACUGGUAUCGUGUUUUAGUCAAGGGGGUUCUCACCAAUGGGCUGGUGUCUGUUUAUGAGUUGGACUACGGUAAGCACGAGCUGGUGAGCUGCACGCAGCUCAGAGCUCUUAGCGAGGAGUUCCGACAGCUGCCCUUCCAGGGAAUCACCGCCCAGCUGGCCGGAGUGAAGACGAGGCAGUGGUCCGAGGAAGCUUCCAUCGUCUUCAGGAACCACGUGGAGAAGAGGCCCCUCGUGGCCCAGUUGGAGGCAGCGCAGGAGGCCGCGAACCCCUGGGACAGGAAGCUGACCGUCUUCCUGGUCGACACCUCACAGCAAGAUAACGACAUCUGGGUGCAUGACAUCAUGGCAGAGUUUGCGGAUGAACUCACCGGCGACGUGAAGAUGGCCGGAUUCUGCGCGCUCGUGCAGCCGCUAGCGGAUGGAGAGCAUCAUGACAAAUUCUGAGGAGGAGCAGAAUACAACAGUGACACAUUUUUAUGGAAGUGAACCCUAACCCAAAGAGAACGUGUCAACUUUUCCCAUGUUCACCUUCAAAGUCAAUGUUUCCAUCUGCAUUGAUGUCCAACUCAUUGAGGAUCUCCUCCAGCUCUCCUUUCUUCAGCUUCUCCCCCAGCAGGCUCUUGGCCGCCUCCUUCAUCUCGUCCUGGUUGAUCUUCCCAUCUCCAUCCAGGUCAAACUUUGCACGAUAGCAGCGUGACGACAAAGAAGCAGUGUUUUCAUCCAACGUCUCAUCGAUUUCGAUGCCAAACGGCGUUGCCCGGUUUGGUUCACUUCCUUUUUCGGCCCACCUGCAAGAAUGCUGAUUGGAGCUCCUUGAGUCCCAGCAUGUCUGCUGUCUCGCCCAUCAUUCUCGGUCCCAUUAGUUCAGUAAAGUCUUCAAAGUCCAUGAGCCCACCCACUAUGGAGAAAGGAAAUGGAGCACUAGCAGUAUAAAUCUCAUCACGCUUAAAGCAUCGGGAAUGAUGUUUGCGGACGUACUCCUCAUUUUGAUCUGCUGCACUAUCUCCAGCAGCUCCAUCUCAGUGGGCAUGUAUCCCAUGGUCCUCAUGCAUUCGGCCACAUCUUUGUAGUUCAGGUAGCCAUCUUGGUCGUAGUCAAACUCCUUGAAGGCUUCUUGCAGCUCUGUGAGAAGGGAAGAAAAAAACACCACCACCACCUUGACAGAACUUCCACGAGCGGAUUAACGCAGAUAAAACUUUAAUCGGGCUGCGACGUGGAGAACUCCCGAAAUACGUCAGUCUGGGAUGAACUUUUUAAUGGAAUACUCAACGAGUAAAUACUUUGAUUUAUGGUGUUCGAUUUGUGGGACUUACCGUCUAAUUCCCCUUGUGCUAAUUCCCUCUCCUGUUGAAAGAAAAUAUACACCCGAUAUUGUUUUGUCGUAUAUUUCACAUACUGGACGUCCAUAGCGUCGCAAAGCGACUUGAAAUCACCUUUGACGAAUGCUAAACAAGUGCGGCUGGCGUUAAGCGGCAGCUAACGGUCUGAGAAGGCUCAGUCAAAGUGUGGCUUGAUUUCACCGCGAUGGCUGACAUUUGCGCAUGUGCACUCCAAGCUCAAUUAUUCACACUCUACUUCAAUAAAAGCACAGAUA